AACGAGGCAGAGGGAGUGUGAGCGCCGUCUCGUGGUGAUUAGUCAGGGCUGGAUUUAUGGCACGCAGCUGUUGAGUGGCUGACAGACGUGUGAGGAGCUCAGGCACUGCUGCUUCUCAAGCUGCUCCUUACCAGCUCGAGCUCUGCUUUACUCUGUCGUAGGAAGGAGGACGGUGUCUGCUGCGCCUCCACACACAACGCCAGCAGAUGGUGCGAGAGCAGUACGUCACCACCACCCAGGGCAGCAGCUCGCCCAGGCCCGUGCCCGACCAUGUCUACAAGAUCGGCAUCUAUGGCUGGAGGAAACGAUGCCUCUACCUGUUUGUGCUGCUGCUCAUCGUCAUCUUGGUGGUCAACUUCGCCCUCACCAUCUGGAUCCUUAGGGUGAUGUGGUUCAACACGGAAGGGAUGGGACACCUACAAGUGCACCCCGAUGGGGUCAAACUGGAGGAGGGCGAGUCAGAGUUUCUUCACCCCAUCUACGCCCAGGACAUCCACUCCAGAGAAGACUCUUCCCUGCUGGCGCACUCCUCGGAAAAUGUCUCCCUUUACGCCCGUAAUGAAAAUGGUGAUGUCACGGGGAGGUUAUCUGUGGGUCCAAAAGAGGCUCAGGGACACGCUCGAAAUCUCCUCAUUAACUCCCACAAUGACAACAUGCUGUUCGCUGCAGAUGGCGAGCAGGCUGUGAUUGGACCAGACAAGCUACGAGUCACAGGUCCUGAAGGAGCGAUCUUCCAGCAUUCAGUGGAGGUGCCCCUGCUGAGAUCUGAACUUCUCAAGGAUCUGAGGUUGGAGUCUCCUACUCGCUCGCUCAGUAUGGACGCACCGAAAGGAGUUCAUUUGAAAGCGCUGGCUGGAAACAUAGAAGCUGCUUCCAAAAUGGAUGUUAUUCUGCAGUCGACUAUAGGACUGCUGGUGCUGGAUGCUGAGACGGUGCGCAUGCCGAGCCUGCUCCUGAGUGAAGGAGGGGAUUCUGGAAAUGCUCAGGGCCUCUUCGAGGUGUGCGUCUGUCCCAGCGGCAAGCUCUUCCUGUCCAAGGCCGGGGUCACCUCCACUUGCAGUGAGAAUCAGGAGUGCUAGAAAGACUCUGACAGGCUAAUCGAUUUUCCAUCUCUCAGUAGAUGCAUUUUCUAGGAGGCAAGAAGCACAACUGUUUAUAUCUGAGGGUUGUUUUUUUUUUUCUUCUUAUCUUUAUACCACAGUGGAUCUGUCUGUGAUGAUCUCAGUGCUGAGAUCCCACUUGCACAUCGAGGCCUGUAAAAAUAUGAAUGCCUUCAGGGCGAACAUGUUGGAGAUGUCAUGUAAUGCAUCCUUUUAGUUGCAUUUAUGACCUUCUAACUAUUCAGCUGAAACAAAUUGGCUCUCAGUUCCAAAUGUAUCUGCAUCAGAGCUUUGUGGAGAGCUUUUUCCACACACACAGUAUCAUGGCUGGGCAAUGAGGAGCUGGUAACAGCUUACAUCCUAUGCAAUAUUAUCUUGUGGUGCAAUAAAAUGAAAGUGACACAUAUCAAGGGCUUGGAAUAAUCAAAAAGUAAACCUCUGAAAUGCAGAUGGAAUAUUACUGAAGUACUUAUUUUGCCCAUUUGGCUCCAAGCCCUUGAUAUGUUAUGUUUUUGUCUUGGUGUUUAGCAUGUUAUUAUUUAAUUGGAGGAAAAAUUAUAAAGAGAUGCUGGUAUGUUUUUUUUUGUCAUUGUCAUAAUCACUUCAGAGAUGAUUUGUAUUUUUUUUUCCUUAACUUGAAAUUCAGUUACAAUAGGCAGCAGACCGGUUUACAUGGUUGAAAUUAAAAUACCGUGUCUUGACGGUACUAUUAAGUGUUUCGAGUGUGGUACGACGUGUGUAAUUAUGUGGAGUUGUUUUCCCAGUUUAUAAGAAUAUCUAUGUUUAGCCUGUGUUAUUUUUAAGCCCUGGAUACGCAUGUAAUUAUGCAUUAGCUACAAAUCAGACAGUUUUUCCUGUUGGUAAGCUGGUUUAUGUUUGUUCAGUAACCUCGUUUACAGCCAAGGGUCUAUGACUGAUGAGAAAUAAUCUUCCACCACAGAAGCAGGCAAACAAAUGCGUGUCUAAAUAAGGUACUGCAGUUGUGGGGAAUCUCAUGAUUCUGAUUAGAAAAAUAACAGGAUUAUUUUGCCUUUUGUGCCACAUAUGCCUUUUAUUUCUACAUGGUAUGCAUGACAGGUAUUUAACAACGUUGGCCUCUGUUGUGAUAUGAAGGUUUUCAGUUCACUAUGUCGAAAAAAAUCAACAUCCUGUAAUGAUAAUCACUUUACAGCUUAGCAUCUGUUUGACUGUUUUUAGCACAAUGGUGUUGUGUUUUCAUUAUCAGUGUUGAUAAAUAGAUGAUUUGCAGUUCUCACGUAUGCUCUGACACAUUUUGAUAAAGUGUGUAAUGUGUAUUUAUUAA